GGGAUCCACUGUCGCGGCCACAGUCAUCCCGAUCGCUUCUUCCGUCGUCGGAACCAGAGGCGUCGAAUUCCGUCAUCCGAGAGGAGAUCGCGCGCAACGUCCGAACUUGCGGUUUCGACGUCCCGUCGCGACGUUGGUGACGAGUGAGUAAAGUUCAGGUGUGGGUUAGGUAGACACAGUGGCACAGUUGGUGGAUGCCGAUGGAUUAACGUUUCUCGAGGUUUUCCGGUGUUAUCGAAGGAUGAACUAUUCUAUAGACCUAGUGGUGUUAAAUGUGAUGUGAGUACCAACGAACAGAAAAAAUAUGGUAGCCGACGAUAUAAUCCUGAAACUAGUGUUCCUCACAGCUUGCGCAGCAUCAGGAAUGUGCAAAUCCCAGAUGGAAGACGACAAUUCCAACGAUGUAGACAACGAAGCAGAUGUGGAACCGAUGAUAAUCGAUAGGGGACCUUAUUUCGAAAGAAGUGUCACGAAAAAUGUGACGGCUCUAGUUGGGAAAAGUGCUUAUUUGUACUGUAGAGUUAGAAAUUUGGGAAACAGAACGGUAACCUGGAUAAGGCACAGGGACCUACAUCUGCUGACUGUCGGCCGAUCGACCUACACGUCGGAUCAAAGAUUCACGAGCAUCCACAAUCCCAUGACCGAGGAUUGGACAUUGCAGAUCCGCUAUCCGCAACGGAAGGACAGCGGCGUCUAUGAAUGUCAAGUGGGGACGACGCCACCUAUUGGAAUCUCCAUGAUACUAUCCGUUGUCGAACCAAUUACAAUUCUACUAGGUGGACCAGAAAUGUACAUAAACGAAGGAAGCACGAUGAAUUUGACGUGUAUUGUCAAGCACAGUCCAGAACCACCACCGAGUAUCGUGUGGAGCCACAACAACUUAGAAAUAAAUUACGACUCGCCCAGAGGCGGCGUCAGCGUCUACACGGAGAAGGGCGACAUCACCAUCAGCUGCCUCCUGGUGCAGAAGGCCAAGGACUCGGAUUCCGGCAAGUACACCUGCAGCCCCUCGAACGCCAACCCCAAGACCCUCAUCGUACACGUUCUGAACGGAGAGCACCCAGCGGCAAUGCAGCACGGUGGCCAACUGCGGUUAGAAUAUCCCUUCUCGGCAUGUUUGCUGAGCGUUUUCGUUGCCGUUUUGGGCCCAUGAAAUUCCAUCCGAUCUUCUUCGCUAAGCACAUUCUAGUUUGUAUGGUGUGUAAAUGUAUGUAAAUAUUUGGGAAUGUGGAGAAAUUUUCAAGAGUUCGAAGUGACUUUUUUGUACAUACAAUACCUUCAAGGCAUUUUCGAAGUAUAGCUGUAAGAACACUGUAAAAUUUUGUAAAAUAUAAGGUUAUAGUAUG